GAGGCCAGCAUGGCUGACUCGCAGCUGAUGCUGAAACGGGGUCCUUUCCGCUCCACGUGGCUGCGUGCCCGUAAGACUCGGACACAGCUCGUUCUCAGCCGCCGGCCCCGCCGCCGGCUCGGGACCCUGCGCUGGUGCGGCCGGAGGCGCCUGCGGCGGCGGCUGCUGCAGGCUCAGGCAGCCGGCGCGGACUGGCGGGAGAGCGGCUGCCUGGUGUCGCGCGCGGCGACCCGGAGGCCCAAGAACGCGGCCUCCAGCCGGUCUCCGGCCGCAGCCCCCGCCCCGAGCGGCCCCGCGAGCCUCCCCAUACCGCCGGUGCGGCCAGCCGGCCCGGGCCGCGCACUGCUGCUGCUGCCGCUCGAGCAGGGUUUUACUUUUAGCGGGAUCUGUCGUGUGACUUGCCUCUAUGGCCAGGUGCAAGUGCUUGGCUUCACCAUCGGCCAAGGCCAGCCUGCCCGAGAGGUCUUCUCUGCCUACACGCACUCUCGCUUGACUAUCAAUGCCGUUCAUUAUUCCAUGCCUGAGAAAAGCAAGAAGGAGAUGAAAAGGGAAGCCCGAGCUCUGCUCAGAUCUCAUCUUAAUCGGGAUGACAGAUGUUGGUUGAUGAAGAAUUUUUCUCCUCUGUGUUCCAUUGUGAUGCUAGAACAACUGAAAACCUCCACUGUGAACUUCCUAGUCAGCCAUCCAGGGUUAUCUUACGUUUUCGUACAAGAGAGUCCAACCUUCCAGAUUAACUCUGAACAUUUAGCCCUGAGGUCUGUUGGUAUUAGAAGAGAGAAGAAGAAAAACGGCCUUCGUUUGACAGAGAGUGCCCUGUCGGCCAUGGAGGAGUUGGUCACCGUGUCCUGUGAAGAAGUAGACGGCUGCCCUGUCAUUCUCGUUUGUGGCUCUCAAGACGUUGGAAAGUCAACAUUUAAUAGAUACCUCAUUAACCAGUUGUUAAACAGUAUUUCCUGCGUUGACUAUUUGGAAUGUGACCUGGGACAGACAGAAUUUACACCUCCAGGUUGCAUUUCUUUACUUAAUAUUACGGAGCCAGUUCUAGGACCACCUUUCACCCACCAGAGGACACCACAGAAAAUGGUGUAUUAUGGGAAGCCGUCUUGUAAAAACAACUAUGAGAAUUACAUUGAGAUAAUAAAGUAUGUGUUCAGUUCCUACAAGAGGGAGUCCCCUCUCAUCGUCAACACCCUGGGCUGGGUGUCAGACAAAGGGCUUCUGCUUCUCAUCGAUCUCAUCCGGCUGCUGUCUCCCAGCCACGUCGUGCAGUUCAGCUCUGGCCGGAGCAAGUACAUGCCGAACCUGACCCCUGACUACGUGGACGACAUGGAUGGCCUGUACACUAAGAGCAAGUCCAGAGUCCGCAACAGAGGUUUCCAGCUGGCGGAGUUCACGGAGAGUUUGGAGUUUGCCGACGAAGAAAAGGAGAGUCCAGUUGUGUUCACCGGACAUAAACUGAUGUGUGUCCAGUCGGACUUUGCGUUUAGGAAAACUCCAAGAAACAGAGAGUCCCACAACAAGGUUCUUCGGGAUUUGGCGGUACUCGGUUACCUUGGCCAGCUGCAGCCUCCCGUGCCAAAACCGCUGUGUCCCUUACAUGGCCUGACGCCCUAUCAGGUCCCUUUCAAUGCGGUUGCGCUCCGGAUUAUUCACGCUGAUGUCGCUCCCACCCAUAUACUAUACGCUGUGAAUGCCAGCUGGGUUGGUCUUUGCAAGAUCCUGGAUGAUGUCAGAGGAUACGCAAAUGGGCCCAUCCUACUCGCCCAGACUCCAAUCUGUGAUUGUUUGGGGUUUGGAAUUUGUAGAGGGAUCGACAUGGAGAAGAGACUUUACCACAUCCUCACUCCUGUGCCCCCGGAGGAGCUGAGAAAUGUCAAUUGUCUGCUGGUCGGGGCCGUUUCCAUUCCACAGUGUGUCUUCAAGAGCCAGCGCGGGCUGGAGGGGACAAUACCUUACAUCACCACCGAUUAUAACUGUAAACUUCCUGGAGCAUCCGAGAAGAUUGGAGCGAGAGAAACCGAGGAGACGUGUGAAGAGAAAGUGCACCCAAAACCCAAACUCUACCGAAAGAUAAACUGAUGCUGACAUCGUCAGUGAGGGAAGGCGCUUUUCCCGGGAAAGCGGACCUCGUCUCCAGCCUGACGCCGGACUGAUGGUGGUGGCGGGGAGUGGCGCGCAUCUGUCGCAGACGGUGUCUCCUGUGCAACUCGUGGAUCUGGAGUCAAUUUAACUCUUUUGAAAGCUGCGUGACCUCGAGUUUUGCCCUAGUGUUCUGUAUGCUGCUUCGUACUUACUGUCUUUUAUUUUCUAAAGGGUCAAAGCAGCAGGGAGAAGUUUGUACACCAUUAAAACAGAACACAGUCAGUUCCUCACAAAGCCCUUCAAAGACCUGGUUGGUGGAAUCUGAAUAAAAAUAGGGAAACGGGGGCCACAAAAAUCUACCAAAGAGGAAGGAAGGCUGGCCAGUGGAUUCGCGAGCAUAACAGGAUGCGGGGGCUCCCCUGGUCCUUGCCCGGCGAUGGCCGACAGGCAGGGGGUCCCGGCGGCAGGGUCUGCCUGUGGACGGUUGCCACGGGGGGUCACGCUCAUUCCAUGCUCCUCUGAUGCCGUCCACACCCUCGUUCAUUCCCGUGGUCCAGUGUUCAAAGGUUUCGUUUGGUCUGUUGAGUGUAAUCAGGGUUUCGUAGAUAAAACGAUUGGACUCAAGA